UAAUGCUUAGUUCAUCUGACAUAACAGGAAGGAAGAGUUAGUUGCAUGAUCUCUUCAUGUGAAGUUGUUAGCAUCUGCCAAUCAGGAAACUCAAGAAAGCUCAAAAAGCAGUAAGGGAAAUGAUAAACUGAGCAGCUUUCUAACUUGCAGCAUUUGUUAUUUAAAACAAAGCUAACUGGCAGAAGAAAACACUUAGAGAUUUCUGCAUGCGAAUACAACUGCAAGUAUCCUCAUUGCUGCAAACCAAGAUCAAACAAGAUAAAUGAGGAGAGUUUUUCAAGAGAAGGUUUCAUUAUCUCUUUCCAGAGAAGGAAAUAUGUUUGAUACUCUUGGACUCAUUUGUAUGAUUUGGUGGUAUAUGAUGCUAUUUCAUCCCUUGCAUGCUGACAUCCAGUGUAUGGAGUCAGACACACAGGAAUCACUGAUUACAAAUGUGAAUAUGGACUGGAGAAAAAUGGAACUGUCCUGGGAGAGCAGCAGGAAUUUCUCUGAGUUCACAUGUACCAUCAUGGACAGGGAUGUGGAAUACACAGACAUAGAGGUGGAUAGUCCACUGUGCAGCUUUCCAGUGGAAAUACACAUGCCUCUGCACAAAGGGGUAUUCUUUAUCAUUGAAGUGCCAAACACAAACAUCUCAAAACAUUGCACCUUUCUCCCUGGAGGCAUGGAUGGGUCAGCCAUUGAAAACUUCUCCUGUGUGAUUUAUAACAUUUUCCUCAUGAACUGCACUUGGCAGGCAGGAAGGGAAGCUCCAGCAGACACACAGUAUUUUCUCUACUGGCAGAACUCAAGAGAUGAAGAGGAGAUGGAGUGUGAGUUUUACAUUAAAGAUGAAAAUUGCAGAAAUGUGGGAUGUAUCUUCCAAAACGUGAGCAUAGGGACUGAAAAAGCUUAUUUCCUGGUGAAUGGGUCUAGCAAAGACUCCUUGAUCCAGUUCUAUGAUGAGUACAUUGACCUGUAUAAAAUUGAAAUACUCACUGCUCCAUUAAAUGUCACUGCCCAUUGUACCAAAGGUUCAGCAGGUUGCAUAAUUACGUGGCAUCCACCCCAUACAAGUCAUGUGGAAGAAGCAAAGUGUUUUCAGUAUGAAAUCAGCAUACAAAAUAAGGAUGAACCCAAAGAAGAGAAAAAGCUUCCUUUUGUAAGGAAUGACAGAUAUGAAUUCCAAAAUUACAAUGAGAAAAAAAGAUACACUCUGAAAAUCAGAGCACGUGGAAAACACUGUCUCGUAAGCUCAAACUGGGGGGAAUGGAGUGAACCCAUUGAGUUUGGUCAAGGGAAAGAUUACUUUAUUUUUGUGAUUUUAUUUCUGAUUGCACUGGGAACAAUCUCAAUUACACUUCUUCUGUAUUGUCUUUUCAAAAGGUACUGCAGUUUCAAGAACAUAUUUCCUCCCAUACCACAACCAAGAGACAAAUUCAAUGCACUAGCUGAUGAUGUUAUCCAGUAUCUUACCUGCACACUGUCAACAGCAAGUAACUCUUCUUUCUGCACACAUCACGACAAACAGGCUUCAAACUAUUCAUGCUUCUCAAAUCCAUCCAUUUGAGCAAUAGUUUUUACGGUGACUGCACAGUGAGGGGACGCUUUCUGUCAGCUGGCUAAAGCAAAGACAUACUUGAAGUCAGUAAAUCAGGCUAGUCAUUAGUUGCCUAAAAUUCAGAAGGCAACACCAUGCACUCCAAUAAGGAUUCCAGAAGUGGAAUUUUCAUUCGAUCAUUUACAAAAAAUCCCCAAAUCUCUGACUAUUAAAACUCUAGUUUUGGUAACUGUAUACCAGCUUGUCAUCUUGAUUAAUUUGUCUUUGGUCCUAUACCUUUGGCUUUCAUAGAAAGCAGGUAGGAAUGUGACUUAGAUAGGUUUCCUCAUACACCUUAAGUCAUGAAUUCCUGGUAUCUCACUUCCUACCAGGCUGCCAGAGCUAAGGCUACAGAGCAGCAGCAGUCCACAGUCCAUCAUAUUAAAUAAUAAUAGCUAGGAAAGUAACAAGCAGUUUUUGGAAAAAUUCAUACUGAUUGCUUGCUUUUCCUAAGUGUGAGUUUUUGAGUGGCUUCCAAAUUCCUGUGCAUAUACUACCAAACACACUCAAAUCACUCCACUGCAAUCCACAGGCCUUUGUGGAUGAGGUCUGUAAACUGUGGCACUUCCAUGCAGGGAGCAAUGUAGCAGCAGCAGCAGUUGCCCGAGUUAAGUGAAGCCCUCAUGUUAAGUCACACUUGCCAACUGGUGCUGUGAAGAUAAUUCAUACGAUUCUGACAUGUUUAAACAGUUUGAUCUACUCUUAAAACCAAAUUUUAUUUUACCUCUUCUCUCCAAACUCAGUACCUUUAACACUGACUGCUUGGAAUUCUUCCAAGUUAUUAAAAUAAUAAUAAAGUACAAAAAGCACAUUUUCAAAAGCUCUCCUCCACUGAAUACCAAACACUCUCCCUGACAUUUAGUGUUAAUGGAUUUUUGAGCUAUUUUGAAACCUGAAAUAUCCUUUGCUAAUCACGUCUUUUAAAAGCUUGCAUUUCCUCAUUUUGCCUCUAUUUACACAAUGACCUUUCACAUUUUCUCAUUUUUCCUCCUUUUACACAAUACUUUUCCUUAUAUUGCUGAAAAAGCUCGUGAUUUAAAAAACUUAACUUUCUGCACUGCAUCCUUAAAACACUCAUGUUAAAGAACUGCCAAUUUUAUUUACUUUAUGAUCCGACCAACAAAAUCAUUCAGUGCAUCAGACAACUUGCAUUCCUCUAAUCCAUUUUAUUUUACUCAUCUUACUACAGACAAUUGACUUUCUAGUUAGGCAUUCUCUCCCCAUAUGCUUUCCUCACCAUUACUGAAUUUCAUCACCUCUUGCCUGUAGUUAAAUAUAUCCAAAGAACAUGAAAGACACACUCUGUGCGUUUUCCUUGGAGAACAGUAAAGUAGCCCAAAAACACCAUGACCACAAAGCCCUGCAGUGCUUUACCCAUUCUUCAGCUUUCCUAGGGAAAAAGCCCACAGGACACCCAUGUGGCUCUGCAACAUACCCUCAGUAUGACAGCAAGCUCGCUUUUUUAACCUUUUUCCCCUACCUGUACUAUUGUAUUUGGGUUUUUUUUUCUUGAAUUAUUUAUCUUCCCUCACAACUUUAAACUCCAAAUGCUCUCCGAGUACGACGAUCUUACCUAGCAGCAUGUUCUCUCCUGGAACUCCAGGUUAGCCAAUGCUAAAAUGUGCAAUACCAACCAAAAUAUUUUAUCUACAUGUCUAGACAAUUUGGAAAAUUCAGGCAAUACUGACUGAAUGAAUUCCUUCUAUUGUCUCAGCUAAGGGUGUCCAGUGUCUAAAUCAGCUUCUGCUCUUUCUCCUGCUGACAGCUAGUACUGAUCAGGCCCACUGAAGCAUUCUUUAACUAUCCUUAAAACUGUUUUCUCCUGCCUUGCAAUCAUUUAUUAAGUACUGAAAGACCAAGCCUUUGAUACUGCUGAAACUAAUGUUCAGAAUGAUACUGACUUGUAGCAUACUGCAUGGUACCAAAUUUUCUUUCUCUUUAGACAGAAUACGUAAAUUUACCAACAAAAAGUCAUAUUGAGGAAAUAACUACAAUGGAAGGAUGAUCCAGCUUUCCAAAAACACACCUGACUCCCCAACAUGAAAGCAAACUAUGGAUCCUGCUGACAAGUACUUCAAACCAACCUAUAAAAUAUAAUCACCAAUAAAACUGUCCACUUAAAAUCCACUUAAAAUGGAGCUGAAAAAAAAGGAUAAAAAUCAGUGAAAUUUGCUCUUUUCCCUUUGUUCAAACCUCCAAUGCCUGGCAACAAAGCUUUUCUGCAAAGACCUGCUCUGAAGAAGUGCUUAAACCUUGCUAAGAGGUUCUUCACAGUGUGAAACAAACUCUCUUAUCCAGAAUAAAGCUGUUACCUCUGGUCAUCAUUGCUAUGAAGCUUCUUUCCUCUCGUUAAUAGUGAUUUCCUGUAGGCUGACAGGCUUGCUGCAUAAUGCCACAGCAAUUUUACUGUAAUUUUUAUAUGCCCAGUUAUUUUCUAGAGCACAAACCAGCUUCUUAGUAUUUAAAUUUGCUCUUUGCUCUUCCAACCAGUACACCAAACUAUCUCAAUAAAUGCAAUUAACCUUAUGCAAGACAAAAGUGAAAAAUAAAAUCAUACUUGUUGUUAACUAUUAAUACUGGUCUGUCAGUCAGCCAUUUCAUGAGCUCAGUACUGCCACUGUAAAUAGACCUCUGCAACACUGUGAUCCUCUACAAUUUUAGCAUGUACUUAAUUCACACAAAUAGCAUCUAAAGUCUUCAAAACAAUGUAACAGUUGUGAGAAAUGAAAUAAAAUCUAGCAUUUAAUAGCUAGAUUUUAAAUGCACAAUUUCCUCACAAAUGACUAGUUUUUCCCUUUCUCCCUUCAAAGGGUGCAAAUGUUAUUUCCAAUGCCUUUAAAAAUAAUAUAGGCUUUAGAUGCCAGUAUUUUCUUUUAUAAAUGCUGGAUGCUUUCCUGUUCAUAAUUUUCGAAAUUAAUGAAUUUCAGAGUGUUUGAAUAAAACAGAGAACAAAUGCAUUUUUUUUUUAAAAGUCUUAUUUAUUGUUUGCCUCUUACAUCCCUAAACUGCAUCACACAUUGGAAAUUGCUGCUGCAUGACUAAGGGAAGCCAUAUAUUAAAAAAAAAUAAAUCUGAACACCACAAAUUAGUUCAUAUUGAAUGUACAGCUUAGGGAAAUUGCAGUUCCACA